AUGGCACACUUCACCUUCUCUAAUAAAUGUCCUUCUCUGAGAGAUGAAGAGAUUGAGUGGAGGUUUAACAACACUCGCAUAGCUAGAGUGACUAAGAACACUGCUACAUAUGAUAAUGAUGUGAAAUUCACAGACAGACUGCAGCUGGACAUUCAGACUGGAGAUCUCAAGAUCAGAAGCUUCAGAAUCACAGACUCUGGUCUUUAUAAGUUUGAGAUCAGCAGCCCCAGAGUGUCCUCAGAGAAGACAUUCAGUGUCAGUGGUGUGAGUGAUACAGGAGUGAAGUCAGUGUCAGUGCUGGUGGGAGAUUCUGUCACUCUAAACACUGAUGUUCCUGAUACACAAAUAUGUGAUGAGAUACAGUGGAGGUUUGAUCAUCAGAACUCUCCUGUAGCUGAAAUCAACAGAAUAGCUGGAAUCUUCAACACAUCUGAUGGUGCUGAUGGGAGAUUCAGACACAGACUACAGCUGGACUAUCGGACUGGAUCUCUGACCAUCAGGUUCAUUGGAAACAGACACUCUGGACUUUAUGAAGCUGACAUCACCAGUACUGGCAUCAAACACACCAUACACAAGUCAUUCAACGUGACUGUCAGCGAUGCAGUGAAGUCAGAGUUAGUGACGGAGGGUGAAACCGUUACUUUACAGACUAAUGUUAGUGAAAUACAGAAAGAUGAUCAGAUACUGUGGAUCUUUGGAGAUAUUGUCAUAGCUGAAAUCUAUAAAGCAGCCCAACGAUUCCACAUAUAUGAUGGUCCUGAUGAGAGAUUCAGAGGCAAACUGAAUCUGGACAAUCAGACUGGAUCUCUGAUCAUCACAGACACCAGAAUCACACACUCUGGACUUUAUGAAGUUGAGAUCAGCAGCAGCAGACACAUCAUACUCAGGAGAAUCACUGUUACUGUCAGUGGUGAUUCAGGUCUGUCUCGAGCUGCUGUAGUAGGGAUUGCUGUUGCUGUUAUUCUGGUGCUUGCAACUGUAGCUGCUGUUCAGAUUUACCAUCACCACAAGAUCUCUAACCUAGAAAGAUGUAUUGCACCUCAAAGGAGCCAAUCAAGAAGAAAAUAUAUAUGGAAAUAUCUGACAGUGAAGACCCUCGAAGGGUCCCACCCACGUGGUCUCUUCAGCGCCUGA